AUGAAGGCAUCAUCUUUCGGAGCAGACGUCGUGCCCCAGGCACCUGAAGAUCCCUUGUUUGGAUUGAUGGCAGCUUACCGCCGCGACACUGAUUCAAACAAGGUCGAUCUCGGAAUUGGUGCCUACAGAGACAACAACGCAAAGCCCUGGGUUUUGCCCGUCGUGAAGAAGGCCGAUGACCUCCUUCGUCAAGACCCCAACCUCAACCACGAGUACCUACCGAUUGCCGGUCUCGCAGACUUCACCACCGCCUCGCAAAAGUUGAUCCUCGGCGCCGAUUCGCCUGCUCUCAAGGAAAAGCGUGCUGUCGCCCUUCAGACAAUCUCAGGAACUGGUGCCGUACACUUGGGCGCCGCCUUCCUGGCCAAGUUCUACACCCCCUCGAACUCUGAGGCCAAGACAGUCUACGUCUCCAACCCUACAUGGGCCAACCACAACCAAAUCUUCUCCAAUGUCAAGCUUCCUAUCAAGAACUACCCAUACUUCUCUGCCGAGACCAAGGGCCUUGACUUCAAGGGUCUGAUCCAGACAAUAGAGAAGGCUCCUGAGGGCAGUGUCGUCCUGCUGCAUGCUUGCGCACACAACCCCACCGGUGUCGAUCCUACUCAAGAUCAGUGGAAGGAGAUCGCCUCGCUCAUGAAGAGCAAGUCCCAGUUCCCCUUCUUCGAUUGCGCAUACCAAGGCUUUGCAUCAGGCGAUCUGAACAAGGAUGCUUGGGCAAUUCGCUACUUUGUUGAGCAAGGCUUCGAGAUGUUCGUCGCUCAGAGUUACGCAAAGAACUUCGGUCUGUACGGCGAGCGCGCUGGUUGCUUCCACUUUAUCGCCGGUCCUGGUUCCCACGCUGCCGAUACUGCAACUCGUGUUGGUAGCCAGUUGGCCAUUCUUCAACGUUCCGAGAUCAGUAACCCUCCCGCAUACGGUGCCCGUAUUGCAUCGGUCAUUCUCAAUGACGAGAAGCUGUUCGCCGAGUGGGAGGAGAACCUCCGUGAGAUGAGUGGUCGUAUCAUCUCGAUGCGCAAGGCCCUCAAGGGCAAGCUUGACGAGCUGCAGACUCCUGGCACCUGGGAUCACAUCACCAACCAGAUUGGCAUGUUCAGCUUCACUGGCUUGACCGAGAAGCAAGUCCUCAAGAUCAGAUCAGAUGCCCACGUCUACAUGACCAAGAACGGCAGAAUCAGCAUGGCUGGUCUUAACACCAACAACGUCGAGUACUUCGCCAAGGCUGUCGACAAGGUCGUUCGCGAGACUUCAUAA